AAGUUUACGAAUGAAUACGACAAAACGCAAGGGAUUGUUACGCCAGUGACCGACGCCGUCACAAACCAAGAACCAAACUUUUCUACGGCAGCAGGCAAAUCCUCCUCACUUCGUCAGCAAGCAGAACUUCUCACCAAAAUGACCAACUGCUUCCAAACUGGAGGCAUCAGCGAAGAUUGCGGGAAACUGACAAGUGAAUCACUCUUUUGA